ACGGAGACUCAUACCACAGAUUACCCGUAUUAUUCAGACUAUGCUUCUCUAAUCACACAACCUUGUUCUAAGUUGGAAGUCAGGAACUUCACAAAAGCGUUUCUGCCAGUUGCGUAUUCCUUGAUUUGUGUCAUCGGCCUAGUUGGUAACAUCUUUGUAGUGAUGACCUUUGCUUUAUAUGAAAGAACCAAGUCCAUGACGGAUGUGUACCUCUUCAACAUGGCCAUAGCAGACAUACUGUUUGUUCUCACUCUCCCACUGUGGGCAGUGAAUUAUGCUGCUGACAAAUGGAUUUUCGGUGAUUUCAUUUGCAAAAUGACCAGAGGCAUCUAUGCAAUCAACUUCAGCUGUGGCAUGCUGCUUUUGGCCUUUAUCAGUGUGGACCGCUACAUUGCUAUUGUACAGGCAACAAAGUCCUUUAAACUCAGGGCAAGAACGCUCGCCUAUAGUAAAUUCAUUUGUUUGGUUGUGUGGGUAUCAUCAAUUUUAAUCUCUAGUUCCUCUUUUCUAUACAGUGAGAGUUACAGCUUCUCCACCAAUGAAACCAAAGAGAUUUGUGAUCACAGAUUUGACAGAAUGUCUGAAAGCACAAUGUUGAAAUCACUGCUGCUGUGUCUACAAGUUGGAUUUGGAUUUUUUAUACCUUUCAUAUUCAUGAUCUUUUGCUACACGUUCAUUGUCAAAUCCUUACAACAAGCUCAGAAUUCCAAAAGAAACAAAGCAAUCCGUGUGAUCGUAUUAAUUGUAGCUGUUUUCCUAGUUUGCCAGGUACCUUAUAACAUUGUUCUUCUUGUGGCAGCCAUAAAUAUGGGCAAGAUAGACAAAUCUUGUGACAAUGACAACAUGAUGGCCUAUGCAAAAUACACCACUGAAGUCAUAGCAUUUUUACACUGUUGUGUGAACCCUGUGCUCUAUGCAUUUAUUGGGGUGAAGUUCAGAAGUUAUUUUGUGAAGAUAAUGAAGGACCUAUGGUGCAUGAGGUACAAGAAAUACAAUAAACGUAGUUCAAGGACAAACUCUGACAUUUAUCAUUCAAGACAGACUAGUGAAAUUCUGACUGACAAUGGAUCUUCUUUUACUAUAUAAUACAAGUUGAAAAACAUCAUUACUGAAGGACUCUUCUCACCGAGCAACCCAAACCAGUGUC